ACAGACAAUCAUCUCCUGAGCUGAAUCCUCCAACCCCCUUUCUCUCUCCUCUCACCCCGCCACCGCCUUUCUUUCUGGGCAAUCUGUUUUUGUUGGCAACCAAAAAGAAUUAGAAAAAAAAAAAAGAAAGAAAGAAAAGAAUCCAAAAAGCGAGAGAUGUUGGGGAAGUUUCACGUCGAAGAAGCAUCCCACACGCAGCCAAAUUCAGAUAAUCAUAAUAAUAAUACUGUUUAGCUUCAUUCGACACAAACACACACUUGGCCUCUUCUUCUUCAUCUUUUGGAACCUUUCUCUUCUUCGUCUUCUUCUCUCUCUCUCUUUCUCUCUCUCUAUCUCUCUAUAUAUAUGUGUAUAUUUGUGUAAUAGUAUGAUUAAGAGGAUUGAUAUCUUAUCGUUUUACGUGCCCACCACCGCAUGUUGGUCCACUUGGAUGUUGUUUUCCAUGGUCAUUACUGAAACUAUCGUCACUUCUCCAUUUCCAAACCUAAGUUUUUCUUCGUCUUCUUCUUCUUCUUGUGGGUCUUGUUUCUUUGGCCUUCCAUAAUGUCGCAGAAGAGACAUCCAGAAGAUGGUAGAGUUCCUCGGUCGGAAGGGACGAGUCCCGAUGAUAAGCGUCGAAAGAUUGCUGCUUUCAGGAAAGUCGUUAUGGAGGCAAUGCGGAUGCAUUCAUUGGAGCGAUGCCUGGAGCCUUUGAUUCGUCGAGUGGUUAAAGAGGAAGUUGAGUUGGCCCUAAAAAAGCAUUUGAACAAUAUGAAACAGAGUUGCAUGAAAGAGACCCAUUCUUCCGAAUCCAGGAGCUUAAAGCUACGGUUUUUAACUAAUCCCUCUCUUCCAGUAUUCACUGGAGCCCGAAUUGAAGGAGAAGAAUGUUCCAGUAUUCAAAUAGCCUUAGUUGAUUGUGUUACUGGACAAAUUGUUAAAUCUGGGCCUGAAUCCUUAGCCAGGGUAGAAAUUGUUGUUCUUGAGGGUGACUUUGAUGGUGAGGAGAGUGACAAUUGGACAGUUGAAGAGUUCAAGAAUAACAUUGUAAGGGAGAGAGAAGGGAAAAAACCCCUUCUCACCGGAGAGGCGGUUCUGAAUCUCAAAGAUGGUGUAGGUAUUGGGGGUGAGAUCUCCUUCACGGAUAACUCAAGUUGGACGAGGAGCCGUAGAUUCAGGCUAGGGGCAAGAGUAAUGGAUAGUUUUGAUGGAAUUAAAGUAAGGGAAGCAAAGACAGAAUCCUUCAUUGUCAGGGAUCACCGUGGAGAAUUGUACAAGAAGCACCAUCCUCCUUCCCUAUCUGAUGAAGUAUGGAGACUAGAAAAGAUAGGCAAAGAUGGAGCCUUCCAUAAGCGUCUAAGCCGGGAAAGCAUCUGUACUGUGAAGGAUUUCCUUACCUUACUCUUUGUGGAUCCUCCAAGACUCCGAAAUAUCCUUGGGACGGGUAUGUCAGCUAAGAUGUGGGAAGUCGCGGUGGAGCAUGCUCGGACAUGUGUACUUGACAAGAGGACGUACUUGUACUGCCCUUCCAAUUCACAGCAGAAAACUGGGGUUGUCUUCAAUGUUGUAGGACAAGUAAUGGGACUGCUUUCAGAAGGCCAAUUCACUCCCAUUGAUAAGCUAUCUGAAACUGAUAGGGCUGACGCCCACAGCAUGUUAAUAUCUGCAUUUGAACACUGGGGGGAAGUCAUAAUUUUCGACGAUGAUGCCUCUCUUACGGGUGGCUCACCCCACCUCACAAACGUGCUUUACUCCUCGGGCUCACCAAAGACAGAAAGCUCUACUGGGAGCAAGUAUUUGGCUUCACACAAGAUUGGUGCAUUUGAAUAUGCUCAAUCAACCGCAUCUUCCCCAGAUAUCAUUUCGUCUAUAUUUUCUGUCGGUGGGACCAGCGGCUUAGAUGAUUACGCCUUACACACCAUUGACACUAUGGAUCUUAGGUAUGAUCAGACUCUGAAUUUCCCAGGUCAAGUCACCAAUUCUCUCAUCUGUGACUCGGAGCCCAUCGUGCAAGCUUUCUGUGACGAGGAUCAUCUGCAGUUUUUCGACACCGAUCUUCAGUCGCAGAACAUCAGUUUAGAAUCACCAGCUGAUUUACAGAGUGCUGUGGACGGCUUCAUGCGCACCACGGCUGGUGCCAUUGCUCAGAGAAGAUGGAAAAAGCUAGCCAGUGUGCUCAAGUGGUUCUUCAUAAUGAUGAAUCGAAAAAGACAAGUUGGGAAAAUCCAAAGAUUUUGAGUCAUGGGGCGUGAGAAAAGCCUUCUUAUGGUUGCAAAUAGUGUUCGAGUGCUGCCCGGAUUUAGAUUUUCGCGCACAGGUUAUAGAAGUGAAAACAAGUUGGAUAUUCAUAAGGUGUAAAUACAUCUGGUUAGUUCAUUAGCGUGUCUUGGCUUUAAUGGUGGCCACUGGCCACAUCUAGAAAAAAAAACUCCUUUUCACUUCCAUGUUUAAGUUGUAAAUAUCUAGAUAAAUGUUUUUUUUACAUAAGCUGGUUUCUGGAUAUGGUUGAUGCUUAAACAUGAAGCAGAGUGAGGUGCUGAAUAUGUUCAGUAGCUUACAUGGCGGAUCAUAAUUUUGUAUGAAGCAAUAAAUCAUUUGUUCAAUAAAUUUGUCCUUUUACA